AUGGCUAAAUACGUCAAAUCCGGAAAUAUAAAACCACGGAAAAUCAACGGCGAAUCAUCAUCAAUGCGUAGACGGAAAAAUCUUCAAUUGUUAUUCAACAACACUACUAUUAUACCAUUUAAGUGGAGGGGAAAGUACCUGUGCUUUUAUUGCAGUAAAGAUAUUGCCCAGUAUUCCGAAUUACGUAAACAUACGAAGUCACACGGCGAUUGUUCUAUAAAAGAUCAUUCCUUAAAAGUCCUAAAAGGCGGACAGAAUAUGGAAAUAAAGAUUGAUAUAUCCGAAAUUGGGUGUGAGAUUUGCAAUGAAGAAUUUCCUGUUCUUGGCGAUUUGCUCACCCAUCUUUUCCUUAAACAUAAAUUUGAGUACGAUAAGAAUGUCGAUAUGGCUAUAGAAGAGUACAGAUUAGUUGAUUUAAGCUGUACACAAUGUGAAGACAAGUUUACGUACUUCGGCUAUCUCGUGUCCCACAUAAAUACCAAUCACCCAAAGAAUUGCUUGAUAUGUGAUAAAUGUAAUCAGAAAUUUAAUAAAAAAAGAGACUUGUUCUCGCAUAUGAAGAAUUAUCACAGGGAAGGUGGUUACCCAUGCGAUAUUUGCCCUCAAAGUUUCAACUCGCUAAAUAUUUUAAGAAAACACAGAAAUAAUCGACAUUUGACCAGAUGUAAUAUAUGCCAUUUGAGGCUGCCUUCAGCUGUUUUGAAACAAAAACAUAUAGAAUUAGAACAUCCAGAUAAUGGAUCCUUACAGUGCGAUAUAUGUUACAAAGAUUUUCAUACAAAACAAGGUCUUAAAAUGCACUUACGCAAAUGCAAAGGUGAUACCUUCGAUAUAGCGAUCAAGAAAGAAGAAUUAGAUGUAAUGGAUUUCGACAAUGGUGACGAUAGUAUAAAACGACCGAGUGUCAAACAGAUUAGAGAGAAUAUUGUAAUAGUCAUCAAUAUGUCCACUGCGAUACCGUUUAAUUUCUAUAAAAAUAAAUUUAACUGUUUCUAUUGCUCCAAAGAUUUCCCCGAUUCUGAUACGAUGAGAGAACACACAGUUGUAGAGCAUCCAGUGUGUGAUGUUAAGGAAAAGUGUAUCAGAAAGUGUAGAGAGUCAGUUGCGUGCGUUAAAAUAGAUAUUUCUUCCCUCGCCUGUAAGGUUUGUUUCGAAUCUAUGCCAGAUUUAGAUACUCUCUUAGACCAUCUUAUAAUAAAACAUGAGGUCAAUUACGAUAAAUCUAUAACCACAUGUCUGCAGCCUUACAAGUUGAUAAAAGAUCAUAUGGCUUGUCCGAAUUGUCCAAGCGAAGUGUUCAGGUUUUUCGGAACGUUAUUGAAACAUAUGAACGUUAAACAUACCAAUAAUAACAUAAUAUGCGUAUACUGUGGUCAGACUUUCCGACGCGACCAAAAUUUAAGAGUCCAUAUAUGGAGACACCACAGAGACGGUAGGUUCAAGUGUAACAUAUGUGGAGCAGAUUGUAACAUACCUUCAAGGUUAUACAUGCACAUGGCAAAAGUUCAUGGGGUCAAAGCGGCAAAAUGUCCAAAAUGUUCAGAAACUUUUGCCACACAGUAUUUGAGACAGAAACAUUUGAUAGAGGCUCACGAUUCAGGUCACAAGUGUUCCUAUUGUGGGAAACUCUUUACCAGGAAUUCGUUUAUGCGUGAUCACAUAAGGCGAACGCAUUUGAAGGAGAAAAACGUUGAAUGUUCGAUAUGCAGUAUGAAGUUCUUCAAUAAUAUACUCUUGCGUCGCCACAUGGUCAAACAUAGCGGGGAGAAAAAUUUUCAUUGUGAUAUCUGCGGGGAAAGGUUUUAUUGGAGGAAAAGUUUACGUACACAUAUGACCAGGCACAAUAAACACGUUAAUCCAAUAUAAAU